CGUCACCUCAUGGGACAUAAACGAACUACUGAAAUGGCGGGAGAUUUUGAACUUGCAACUUAUCAAAAAAGGUUUGGGAUUGGGAAGUGGUUUUUGAUCCGUAUGACCUAAAUUCUGACGUAGAUGCUUCCCAUGAUAGAAUAUUGCGGCCUAAAGUUGAUCCCAGGCACAUGAUUGACGAUGUUAUUGAUCCCGCGCCUGUGCAGUCCUUCCUGCCCCGAGUCACGCCGGUGCCCGAACGCGCAGUGGCGCAAAGCAUGCUGGGCCAUGUGCAUUAUCCCGCUUUGCAGACUUUGCGUUGUGAUCACGUGAUGUGAACUUCUACAGUUAUUUUUUCAGGCAUGAUGGCGCCAAACGAUGGUAUCCUAUUUAAUGUCGAUAAUUUAUUGUGUUUGUGGAUUAAAGUGGUCGAUACCCUAGAUGAUAGCCAUUUUGAAAGUAACUAAAAGUGCUCAGUGCGAAAUAGAGCUUGAUGUGAUUCACUCCUGUUCUAUAAACCUGUAUGUACAGCUCCAGCUAUGUAGCUCUGAAGCCUUAAGAGGCCAAUCUACAUCAAAUCCAUUCAACAGGGAAGAUGUCGCAACGAGUUAAGCGAUCCCUGAAGUCAGAUGAUGGCCCAGUUCCUACGAAACGCCGCAAAGGGCGGCCCACCGUGGACGAUGAUGAUUCAGCCUCCAUAGCUGACAGCAUGGGGGCUUGGGCAUCUCGCUCCCAAGACAGCAUCAAGCCCCCUAACAUUUAUAACCGUACUGUUGCCGAAGCUCCGGCUGAGGUAGGCGAGCUUUUCCGCAAGGAUUUAAUUAGUGCCAUGAAACUGGCUGAUUCUGAGCCACUUACUGCAGAUGAGUACUGGGUGAUAGGAGAUCAAUGGAAGCAAGAGUGGGAGCGCGGUGUUCAAGUUCCCGUGAACCCUGACUCGCUUCCAGGUCCCUCCGUCACUCAAGUGAGCCACUGCUCAUAUGCAGCUAAGCCAGGACAUGAAUUCAAGCUACCUAAAUCUAAAUAUGUUGCUAUAUGCAAAGAUGACUCAUUUGACCCAGAAACUCACAUACUUUCUGAUACUCCAGCUAAAGCAGAAAAGGCCUGUUCAUAUGAUUUAGAUGAUACAGACGCUGCUUGGCUUCAAAUUUUGAAUGGCGAAAGAGCUGCCAUGGGCCUAGUGCCCAUCAAAGAAGAUCAGGUGGAGCGAGUAAUGGAAGAACUGGAAAUGCGAUGUUGGGACAAAAUACAAACUAUCGUUAAAACUGAAGAAAGUCUUGGUAUAGAGUUUGACGAAAAUGUUAUCUGUGAUGUUUGCCGUUCGCCUGACUCCGAAGAAAGUAAUGAGAUGGUGUUUUGCGAUAGUUGCAACAUAUGUGUUCAUCAAGCUUGUUAUGGUAUUACAACAAUUCCCUCUGGGCAAUGGCUGUGUCGCACUUGUGCUCUCGGUAAGAGGCCUGAAUGUGUCCUCUGUCCCAACAAAAUGGGUGCUAUGAAAAGUACACAGUCAGGCAGCAAAUGGGCCCAUGUAUCCUGUUCUUUGUGGAUACCGGAAGUUAGUAUAGGGUCUGUUGAGAAAAUGGAACCUAUUACCAAAAUAUCCAGUAUACCACAAAGUAGAUGGGCCCUGAUAUGUGUUCUUUGCCGUGAACGUGUUGGAGCUUGCAUUCAGUGCUCUGUAAAAUCUUGCAAAACAGCAUACCAUGUUACCUGUGCUUUCAAGCAUGGUCUGGAAAUGAGAGCCAUCAUUGAGGACGAUGCUGCUGAUGAUGGGGUCAAAUUACGAUCUUAUUGUCAAAAGCACAGUGUUACAAGUAAGGACAAAAAGAGCUCAGCAUCCUCAGAAGAUGAUGAGUCAAAACGUAAAAAGAGAAAAGAUAUGACAUCCGAAGAGAAAAACCAAGCUCGAGCUGCCAAGCUCCAGGAGAUUGAGGCAGAGUUUGACAAACAUGUUGCUCACACUGAUGUCAAGCAGUGCCUAGAUGUUGAUCCUGAUGGUAUUUUAUACAUCUAUAACUACUGGAAGCUGAAGCGGCGAGCUGGUGGAAAUAAACCUUUCUUGGCUCCAAAGUCAGAUGAUGUGGACCUUCUAUCCCAAAAACAAGAACAAGCUGAUCUUGACAAGAUGCGCAUGUUUGUGCAGUUGAGACAAGAUCUAGAGCGAGUACGGAACCUUUGCUACAUGGUCAGCAGAAGAGAGAAGUUAUCUCGAACAUUCUUCAGAAUGCGUGAACAAACUUUCCAUAAACAAGCUGCUGUCCUCAGUGAUCCCCAUUGUUCAUUGUCCUCUCUAGAAGUCCAAGCAGUCAUAGAGGCAAAUCAUGGGCCUUCCAUUUAUGAUCGCCUCUAUUCUCACAUCACAGCAGAUUCGUGUUCUUCUGACUUUGAAAUGAUUUUAGCUCGAAUCAGUGGCCUUGAUGUACCUGAGGAUAGUGAAAAACUUAAGACAUCAGAACUGAAUGGUUUGGUGAAGUCUUCUGGUAGACGAUCUGGUAUGGACAAUCCUUAUAAGCGAACGUACAUGAAUGGUGCUUCCAGAAGACGUAGUAGUAUAUAUAAUAGUAUGUCUAGUGGCAGUGAGACUGAUUCCGGGGCCCAACGAAGAAAAGAUUCUCGCUUAGGUUUAGAUAGCUCUGCUUCAAGUACUGAACACUCUUUGGAGCGCAAACCUUUAAGAGACAGAAAUGAAACAAAAACUGUGUCCCCCUCACCAGCAAAGUCCCCUCAUAAAAGUUCUCGUAAAAGUGCAGCUAUGUUAGGUUUAGACAGUGGUGCUUCAAGUACAGAAGAGGAGAAGUCAAGCUCUAGAAAGGGAGGAAGGUUGCGAUCACCACCAUCAAGUUCAAAAUUGAAUGAAGAAUCAACAUCUCAUUCAACUUCAUCCAAGAGUCGCCUUGUUAGCCUAGGGUUGGACAGUGACGGCUCGAGUACUGAAGAGGAAAAGCCAAAGCAUGAAGAUUCCAAGAAAUCAAGAAACCGUAAAAAACCUAAUGCAUCUUUGAAGAAAAGUGCUGAAAAAGAUAAACCAGGCAGCAAAGCAGCAACAAUGGCUAGAUUGGGUCUUGACAGCAAUGGCUCCAGCACCGAUGAUGAGAAGCCGGUGAGAAAACUAAGCACAGAUGCUUCUGCUCCAUCUAAGAGGCGCGGCCGGAAACCGCCUGUUACACCUGCUAGAGUAAGGAAGGAUACAUCAUCGGAUGAUGAAGAUGCAGUGAAAAGGAACAAAGGCUCUCAAUUGCGAAAUAAUCUGAGAAAAGUAGGCCCAGAGUCAGAUGUAAAGAUGUCUGUUAGUGAAGAUAGUGAUAAUGACCUGCUCAUCAGGUCUUCUUCUAAGACUGAUAAUAAGAAGUUUGCAGCCAUUUACUCUGACUCUGACAGCGAUGCAUCCAAAGAUGAAAGUUCUUCUAACAUGACUGCUGAUCACCACCAAAAUAUGAUGAGGACAAAAGGAGCCAUGAAAGAAUUUUCUGGCUUUGCUUCAAAAUCCGGCAACAAAUCUCCUAAGAAAUCAUCUAAAGUGAAGAGCAAGGAUGACAAAUUAGCUGAUGAUGUGUCUAAAGAUAAAGAAAAUAUUAAAUCCAAGAAGAAAGAUAAUGCACCAACUGAUCUCAUUGUACCACAGAGGCAGGCUGCUAAGAAGGCCUCAGAAAGUAUUCAGAAAGUGUCUCAAAGUAGACUAAAAGAUUUUGAUGUUGACAGAGAACUUUCAUCGAAGCAGAUUCCUUCUGAGCCAGAGAAGACGAAGUCUAAAUCCAAAGCCAAAGAGGAAGAUAAGAAAUCUAAAUCUGGUAGAGAUGGCAAAUUACCUCCUGAUAUAUAUGAGUUUGACAAAGAUCCUGAUGCAGCAGAAAUCUUGGCCUAUGUUCCCCAAAGGCAGGCAGCCAAGAAAGCAAAUGAGCACAUGAAAACUGGAAUUAAGAAGACUGAGAAAGAUGCUGCCGACUCACCUCGCAUGGAAAAGGGCAAGAAAGAGACUGAGGUAGACAAAUCAAAGAAGCAGGAUGCCAGGAAACAAGAAUCCAGAUCCAACAAGCUUUCUAAAUCAUCCUCUUCAUCAUCGUCCUCAAGUACUUCAUCUUCUUCCUCCUCGGGGUCGUCUUCUACAUCAUCUUCCAGUUCUGAGAGUGACUCUGAGAGCAGAUCAAAAUCUCCUGUGAAGAAAGAUGUUAAAUCUGAGAAGAUUUCCGAGCCUGUGUCAGAGCUCAAAAAGGUCUCUGCUAAAAAAGAGGAGCGGCCCUUUCUUGGCAAGGUGCCCAAGUCUUCCGAUAGCAGUUCCUUGGACAGCGACUCAGACUCGGACAAAGAGAAGGAUGUCAAAAAGUCUGCCUCAAGGCCAAAACUCUCUCCAAAAGAAAAGGAUGGCUCAUCCCUUCAGAUGGCGAGCAAGACGUUCAGGAAGGCGCCUGAUAAGAAGCUUAAAACUUCCGCCGGGCGGCCUGAACUCGAACUUCAGCAGCCGCCUUCUGAAAGAGAUGAACCAUUCCGAUCAAAGGAGACAGUGGGAGGAGCCCUCAGGACAGACAGUAGAGAUACAAGUGAUCGACUCCGGAGCGCUGAGGGUGGAUCAGCUGAGAGAAGAUCAGGAGGUUUAUCUGAUGUCAAAGAACCAGACACCCUCAAGGAGUCCCAACAGACCAGGGGAAGGACGCGCUCUAAGGGAGUUGAGGAGUCACCAAGAGACAGGGGAAGAAUGGGAAAACAAGAUCCAGUUGCUCAAAAAGAGCAACCAAAGCCAGGGAAGAGAAAAUCAGACGAAAGCAAAGAUUCCUCUCCCCUUAAAGAGCUUGGGUCUCCGAUCAGGAGGAACGAAACGCCGCGAAGAGGAGCCGAAAGCAGUAGUCCCUCAAAAGAGGAAAGCAAGUCCAAAUAUAGUCCAGCUGAGGUCAAGAAAGUUUCUAAGAAAAUAGAUCUUCAGUCACCAGAAAGAGAAUUUGAAAGAAGAAAAAGUACUCGAAAUGCCUCUAUUGACUCUGGCAGUAAGGUCCUGUCUGGAGACAAUUUGUCAGAGGAAUCAAAAGUGUUGCGUUCUCCUACAACUGGCUUGCGUAGCCCCUCCUUCAGAUCACCUAAAAUGGCUCCUGAAAGUACAAUCGGUCUCAAACAUGAUGAAGAAUCACUGGUUAAAACUAUGAACUCGAUUCUCACAUCCGACAAAGAUACUUCUGUGAUAACGAGAAAGAAACCUAGCCCCAAGAAAGAUGUGCAAGACAAAAAUAUUUUGGAUGUGAGCCGUGCUUCUUCAUUCUCUUCCUCUUCUUCCUCAUCUUCAACUUCAAAUGAUGAUGAAGCCAAUAAGGAUAAAUCCUCACGAUCAUUAGUCCCUCAACUAGCUGGAGAUAAGUUAUUGCCUCCAGUAGAAAUUGAUACUAAGGUUGUUGACUCAGUCCAUGACAACAUCAAACAUACUGGUCUAGACUCAAGUCUUGAUUUUGCUGUAUCAGAACCCAAGAAGAUCAGUUCUCGCAGUAAUUCUCUCAGUAGUGCACCCUAUCAACAACGUUCCAUAUUUUCCCCUCAACAGCCAAAAGACUCUGGUGUGUCUGACUUGUUUGAUUUCCAAAAUGAUUUGUAUGCUGUGGAUGAGACUGUAAAUGAUGAUGGCUUUGGCAUUCCAGCCAAUUCUGAAGACAUUAUGAGAGCGCCUCUGCAAUUUUCAUUCAGUAAUGAUCACCUUUUCAAGGAUGAUACUAAAGAAGACACCAAUAGGGAGACACAAAAUCUUUUGGACAAAUUACGUCAGAGUUAUGCUCAGAUUAAAUCUCAGCCUGGUACCUGUGAUAUGGCAGAUGCACCUGCUCUACCUCCUGAUGCUUCAUGUGAUCAAGCUGACCCUGAUAUUGAAGAAGUACCAGUGCUACCGAAAACCAUUGAAGAAGUUAAUUUGGCCGAUGAAGUUGUCAAGAGCCAAACUGUUGCACCUGAAAUUACUGCUGGUCAUCAUCUUGUGUCAUCCCACUUGGGAUUGUCAUCGAAUACCUUGGAAGUGCCAUCACUCAACAAAAUGAACAUGUCGGCUCAUGAAACUUCCAAUCAAGAGCCUUCAUUCGCCGGUUACUCCUGUGCUGUGGAGGCAAGUCUAUCCAAAGCUAUGCCUGUUAAUCAAAUCAUUGAUUCAACCAAAAAUGUCCAAGCUGAUGAGAGAUGGGUUCCUCCAAGUGGCAUUGUGUAUCCUGAUGUUCCUAAAGAAACUCAACAGCCACCUUCACUUCCGCUUGCAACAUCCCAGCAUCUCGACCUUGCCCAACUUGCACGUGAUCCAUUAGCCCUUUCCUCUCAAUCACAAAUGCUUCCUUUGGGAUCGCAGCCAAAUAUGCAGCAGCAAUCUAUCUCUCAAGAUUUGGAGAAGUCUCUCUUGCAGCAUGAACAGCAGCCUUCUGUUCCUGCAAUGGGUCAUGAUCAAUUUGAGAGCAUGGCGCAAACACCUCAUAUGGAUUCACCGCUGCCUUAUCCUGAAAUUCAUGCACAAGCUAAAUGGGCUGAUCGACAAGUUCUGCCCGUUCGCUGCAACUCCACAACUUCAGAUGACACCGAUUCCGAUGAUGAUGGCCACAAUGAUGCUGAACCCUUGCCAACACCAGAGGCUCCAGUACCUCCUUCAAGUGCAGAGCUAAUGGCUCCUUACGCAGCUCCAUCCAUGCCAUAUCCUCCAUGUCCGAUGCCAGAAGCGCCUCCUUACCAUUCUUACUCAGAGCCUGCACCUUUCGUCAAUCCAUUGUUUCCACCUAGUGGGUUUCCUGGCCCUAAUAUUUAUGCCCCUACUUACGGGGCCUUUCCCGAUCACAGUCAUGGCAUGAUGCCUGCGAUGGCGCAAAAGCUAGAAGAGCCACCACAGCAAAUGCCCGCUCCAUGCACAGCUGCUUUUACAUCCUCAUCUCACAAUAUGGCAUUCACAGCCGCAAUGGUAUCUCCGCUACCAACUGGAACUCCGACUGGAACUCCUUUACUGCCUCAAGAUCCACCACUCACUCCAGCAGCAUUCCCCACAUCGACGGCUCCUCCUACUCCGUCUCCCGUUUUGCCUCAUGAUACUCAGCCUGCUUCAACUCCAUAUUCCUCACAGACAUCUCUGGACUCCCAGACAAUCAUAUCGGCCUCAGAGAGUAGUCACCAGUUGCCUCCAGUUCCUAGUCAAAGUUCUAAAGUUGCCGCAUCAGUGGGAAAGAAAACUCCCACAAAGCCUACUCGUUCAUCCCCAAGAGUCAUUUCUCUUCAACAGAAAAGCCCAGGGAAAUCCCCAGGAAAAUCGCCACGGCAAGAGACAGCUGUUAUUAAAGCUAGUAACCAGUCUCGUGGAGGCACCUCUGUCAAAAAAGCACCUAAAGCCCCGAGACAAAGCUCACAAGGGAGAGGUCGUGGUAGAGGCAGGGGCAAAGGGCGAGGAAGCCAUCAUGGGUUUAAUGAUGAUUUUGGAAUUUGCAGUAAACUCGCUGGAACAGUGUAUGACCUGGACUUCGAUGAUGAUGAUAUGACCGAUAGUGUAGAAAAUCUUCGUGCUAUGAGAGAAAGAAGAAAGUCAACUGAUAUCCAUGAUAGGAGGGGUUCUGAAAGCUCUUAUCAAGAUUCUUCUGUGUCCCCCAAGUUUACAAGUCCUCCUCAUGUCAGCAGCAAGCAUCGUAGUACAGUUUAUCAGAGCCAAAAUCUCUCUGAGCUCCGUCCACCAACUCCACUUCAUGAUGGUCCAUCGGCAGCUGAUGAUGAUGAUGACGAUGAUGUAGCUGCUUCGCCUGAGCCAGAAGAAACUCCUGAAGUUAACCAACUACAAAACUUCAAUGAAUGUGUUCUUCCAGGUCCAGUAGAUAUGAGAACUUACAAUUCAUUUGAAGUACAACAAACUCCAGCGCAAACCGCACCAUUCAAUAAUCUGCUUGGGUCCUUAUCAGCUGAACAACAAGAGCCGGACAUUGCUGAAGACAUUGAGAAAGAAAUUCAAGCUGCUGACAAAGAGAAAGAGAAGCAGAUUGAAGAACCCAGAGUUUGUUUGCCAGAGUCCCGCCAACAACUUAAGAUGAAAAUCAAAGGACCUUUCCUUGAUCCAAACUAUGCUGCAGCUGCACCAACAGUUACCCCAAUGUCUCAACAACAGCAACCUGCAAUGCCAGCAGUGGCUCCCCUUGACUCUGUGCAAGGUCCUGGUAUGGCACCUGGGUCUGGUAUGUCUUCUGCCUCAGCUUCUGGAACAUCAAACCUGAGAAGAAUGCGUAAGAAGGAGUUGUUACGUCAGUACUGUUCUCAGGAUAUGAAUAUGGAUGAUGCAAGUGCCCAGGCCAUGCCUGGUCAUGCAGUCCAGCCAACUCCACCUGUCAGCCGCAAUGUAAUUUCCAUCCCCAAGGCUGUCGCUUCAAUGACCACCAUUCCAACUCGUGAAGACUACAGGGCAGUUGUUGAUGCUAACAUGGAAAAGAAGAGGAAAAAAGAUAAGACCCCUACUCUUUCUAUUUCAUAUGCGGGGAAAAACACCACAGAUGCUCCUGAGUACGAAGAUUCGGAGGAGUUCCCUGAGCGAAGACGUAGUGUCGGUUCAAACGGUAGCAAUAAUUCAUUCCCCUCUGGUGAUGCAUCUCAGCCCCUGAAGAGAAGAGGCCGUGCCCCUAAAAAUCCCAGUGUACCUCCGGCUGCGGCAGAGGUUGCAACAACACCUAAAUUGAAAAUUAAAAUUGGGGCCAACACUGCAGAAGUGGCUUUAUCAAAUCCUGCUACGGAGAAGAAGAACUUAAGGAUAAGACCUCCUAAGAAACGACAGCAAGCUGCCGCACCAUGUUUGGAAAAGCUUUUCGCCGAGAAUAUGAAGUAUAGAAAGGAAAUAAUGAAAGCCUUUGGGGGUGGUGAAGAUGACCGGGAAGAACCAGAAGUUGUUGCUCCAGUUGCUAAAAAGAAAAAGAAGAAGAAGAAAAAUUCUAGAUCAUCGUCCCCUUCUCCAUCACCCGCUAUACCCAAAGUUGAAGUUAUUACGAACGAGGUGGCAGCUCCCAAACUCAUCAUUCGCUUUGGCGGCAAAGGUAACACCAGUUCCAACAGCACUAGUGGUGGAAAUGCGCCAAAUGCAUCUGUUGCUCCUUCAGAUGUAGGGACACCGACUCAAGAGAGGACAGCUGAAGGCCAAGAUAAAAAUGCAAGUGAUAGUAUUUUGGAAAGAUUGCCACUGCUUCCUGAAAAUCAACCCUCUGGAGAAACAAAUGCAAGCCAAGAUUUACAGCAAGCACCUGGUGUUGGCACCGAUCCUGACAAGAGCCAAGGCGGUGAUGCCUCUGCCUUGAGAAAAGUACGGACUUCCAAAUCAGCAACCAUCCCUAAAUUAAAACUAAAACUAGCCCGGUGUGAGGAGGGGUAUGUGAGAAAAGCUUGUGCAGAAACUGUAUCAAACCCUGACGAGCGUGCAAGUGAAGUGGUGCCGCCUACUGAAAAUGUUCAUAAUAUGACUGAUAUGAAUUCUUUGCCCCUCAGUCAAGAUUGUGAAGUUAGAUGAUAGUGGUGGAUUAUAUUAGUCUCAUUUAAGUUAAUUCUGAAAUAGAUCUGAUAUCGCCGAUGUUAGUUAAAGUUGAAAUGUAUCUUGAUAGAAAUUACAGUUUGGUGCCAAGCUUUCUAUGCUGCUAAUCCUACUAACCCUUUUUUUUUCUAUUAGCUGUUUUUUAAAAUUAUGAUUGACCUCUAAGAGCUUUAUGUGACUCUUCUUAAUGAAUUAGCGUACGUGUAGCAGUUUUAUCUAAUUAAUUGUCAUGUCUUGUCUAUUUGUGUGUAAAAUUAGAUCAGCCCAAAUUCAGCCUUAGUAAUUGCAAUACUGCUAAUCAGUCACAUUAGAAUUGUUUUAACAUUGGUAGAUUUUUCAUCUUCAUCUAUGUUAUUUUUUUUUUUGACAAGUAUGUACUUUAAUCUGUAAAACAACUUACGUAAUCAGUAUCUGCUCCACCAAAAGCUACAUAUCUUUUAUCUGUUGACAGUCUGUUCUUACCUGGUUUAUUUGUAGUCUGCUUUUUUUACUUGUGUUCUUUUUUUAACUGAUCUAAUGAAGUAUUUCUGGACGCUUUUACUGUUGCAGUCAGUGCUUUUAUUGUUAAGAACAGAUUAGAAAGUUGUUCAUUAAUUUUUUAAUAGUUUACAAAGGGGGGAAAAACAAAAAAAAAAUUACUGUAUGGAGAUAUUAUUUAGGAAAUUGGAUUCAAGGUUCAAAGACAAUCAGAUUUUCUUGUUGUAAUCAUUGUCUUAAGUAAUCAUUAUUCUAAAAUUGAAUUGUAUUUCUUAGUCACAAUUAAUGUAUUGAUCAGAUCAAAACUCCUGUAAGGUUUUAAUAAUUUUUUUAAAAGCAGCAGCUUUAUUUACAAAAAUACUAGAGAAUUUUCCUCUUUUUUUUGUUUGUGGUUUGUAUGUUGGAUUAUCUAUGCUGGUGCUUUGAAAGAUGAAUUUCUUCACAAUUUGAUUCUCUCCUGUGCUUGAGGAUAGAGUUGACUUCGUGUUGGCCCUUGUUACAUCAUCUUUUCUCAUCAGUGUAGGAUACCAAACAUCAUUUGGCUAUGCGUCACAAGGAUUUAGCAGUCAUGUGAAACUUGGUACCAAUGUCAUCAUUAUAUACUGUUGAUUAGUUUUUAAUAUUUGUUUGUUCCUCCUCCUCUGUCUGUUUGUAUGUGUGUAAAUAUAUGCAAUGGAGGAAGGGAUUGCUUAAGGCUGUGCAAUUCCUAACCCAUAGUCCACGUGGUGGUCAGAAGUCCUCUCUUCAAGGUCCAGCGCUCAAAACGUGCUCGGGCUUGUACAAAAUUCUAGCAGCCCCAUUAUAGGCUGUAAUUAAGUGUAAAUGAAUAUUCUAAAGGUGACUCUCAAAUUAAUUUAUAACUAUUGUUGUUACAUACGUUUGUAAGGUUGAAAAUGUUAAAAUUAAGAAACAUACUCUUGUAAUAAUAGCUUUUAUGAUGUACAUAAAUCUAGUAUUUAAUUCUCCUUUUUGUUUCCUGUAGGCUGUCUUCUUGUAAACAUGCACAGUGUAUUAUUCAUAGAAUAGAGGAACACAAGCGAUGCAAAUGAACAAACUAGUGUACAAAAAGUCAAUUACUGUUUCAUUGCAGGAGUUCUUAUUUUUGUAUAUAAUGUGUUUUGAAAGAUGGUGUAGAAUGGUAAAAUGUUUGUAAUUGUAUAAUUGAAACUUACUGAAAGUGAUGUGGCAUUGUUUGCAUCUUAUUAUGCAUUUUUUUUUUAAAGGAAAACUUAAUUGUGUUAAAGUUGGGAUCCAUAUUAAGAGCUGAAUAGACAGUUGUUUUAACAGAUCAAUAAUGGUUUAUAGUGGUCUAAUGGUUGUGAUGUUGCCAGCUUUAUUUUAAAGGACACAUGUAUACUUGUUUGCUCUCAUUGCUGUUAGUAUGUGUCCAAUGUGAAUGUAUAUGUGACAGCACAGCUCGCUGUGACCCUCUUUAUCUUUAUCAGCUAUUUUCAUUUGUGUGAUAAUACGUGUGUGAAUCAGUAGUUGUUGGAUGAUAAGUGAAUGUAUGGAUUGAGAAUUCUGCUUUAGAGAUGUUCAAAUUGAACAUCAGAAUGUUUACUUAAAUCAAUAUUAUUCACAGCUUCAUGCGGUUGCUUCAUCUCCAGCUUCUGAAUUUCUUUACUUUUUCUAUAAUUAAAAAAAUUGCUUUAAUCCAGUUCUGCUGGACUCGCUGUUCCAUGUAAGGGUCAAAUUUCACAACUUGCUUACAACAUUUUGAUAAUAAGUUUAUUGCUCUUGUUUUUUAUCUUUAUGCCAUACUUUAACCAAAGUUGCAAUAAUAGAUUUUCAUCUAAUAUCAUGUAAUUUGUGGCUGCUGUGCAGUUGAUGAUGUACUAUGUAUGGAAUGUGUGCUCUCAAUUUUAAGUGGCACUGUGUUUCCAUUACUAAUGAAUGAGUAAGCAGGUUAACAAAGACUGUUUUUUACCUGAGUUUUUGGUUUCAAUAUUGAAUCAACAUUUUUUAUGAUAUCCAGUGUUUAAACUGUUUGAGAAUACUUUUUACUAUGAACCUAAUCAAAAGCACAGAGUUAGAUUCUAAAACUCAUGUGAUAGGGGUUGUCGUAAUUGAUCACCAUGGGUCUUAAUAUGUUUGUGCAAUACUUUCCUUUUUUCUAAAUUUGAAAAAGUUACAAAACUCCUUGAUGCACUCAAUCAUUCUUAAGUCUUGUUGGAUUCCAACAUGGUGGAAUCAUGGUUUCUUGUCACCUAGCCCAUGCAUUUUCAUGAUUUGAUUUUCUUCUGGUUUUGGUGAGGUUGGAGACAACAGUAUGUGCAAAUUUUGUUCUUAUCUGUGAGAUUAUUUGAGAUUCCUUGUUAAACUGAAUUAAGUUAAACUACUUAUUAACCACACCAUGGAGACAGAUGUCCUGUUUUCCUUCUAUCUAGUGAUUUAAUGUUAUUUUAUUGGAUGUCCACAAGGUGUUGUUGACUGUUAAGUUUGGACACUUAUAAACCUGGACUAAUCAGAUACUGUAUUGACAACCCAGUUACCGUACUGUUUUAGCUUCUUCCAACCACAAUUUAAUCUUUGCUUGUGUAACUGCACACUCUCAAAGUAUGGCAUACCUAUCUAGAAAAAUCCACAAUGUAACUGAUUUGAAUAUUUAUGGAACUAGGACUCCUUCUGGGAAGACCAAGAAUAGUAUCACUAUAGCAGAAUUCCCUUGAUGGGAGAGGCCAAUAUUAGUGUUUUCUUUCUAUGAGCAUUGAUAGUCAAAACUGUUUUAGAGCUUUGCCAAAAUAAUUCUGCACCUGUUUUAUGGACACUGGUGUAUUUAUUUGUUUUCAUAUGAAUUUAGAACUUUGUAUUAACACACUGUUUUAAUUGUAAAUUUUAUUUAUGUAGGUAGGUGGCAUUUUUGAGAGCUCUUUUUUUUAUAAAUAUAUAUUUAUCGACUUUGUUUUAUGUUAAAUUGGGCCCUACAGUCUCAUUAUCGGUUAGAUCAUUGUAAACCAGGUCUGCCACUGGUAUUAGGCAUAAAGGAUGAAUUUUAAGUACAGUUUUGAAUUUACGUAAUUUAUUGUACAAACAUUUUGUUUUGUAUAGAUAUUUUGUUUUUCACCUAAUUUUAUGAAGGCAUUGUAAAUAUGUACAUGUGAAACUGUUCUUGUAAGAUAAUAGUGUUUCAAUGUGCACAUAGUAUAAUUACAAAUCUUUUUUAUAAUACAAGGGAAA